AAGGGUCUCUGCAUAUUCUCAGCCAAUUCCGUACGCAGCUGUUAAACGACGCAUUCAAGCCAGUUUCGCCCUUCUUCUUCAACUGCCUGCCUACCUACCUACCUACCUACCUCUCUCUCUCUCUCUCUCUCGUUCUGUGGUGUGCUUCAUCUGGAUGCAUCAGCACGCUAUAGCCCUCAAAUUCCACCCUUCGUCUCCUCACCAUGCUCUCUCGCUCCCCAAUUUCUCCCUCCAAACCCCUAAUUCUCUCCUCCCUGUUUUCCCUCCGUUCCCUCGACGCCGUCAUGUGAACGCCUCCGCCGGAGUCCGAUACCAGAGCUCCGCCGCCGCAGAUGUCGCCCCGGUCAGUUAUGACUCCUCCAUCGGAUCCGUCGGGGACCGGACCUCGGACAAUGCCGGCGGUGUCGUUAUCGCGGAGAAACCUAUCGACGUUGCGGCACUGGGAAAUCUCUGCGUCGACAUUGUCAUCAGUGUUCCUGAAUUGCCGCCGCCGUCUUGCCGCGACCGCGAGGCUUUCAUGAACAAACUCUCUGCUUCUCCUCCAGACAAGAAAUUCUGGGAAGGUGGUGGGAACUGCAAUAUGCUUAUAGCUGCUGCUAGGCUGGGACUUAAAUGUGUUGCAAUUGGUCAUGUGGGUGAUGAGAUCUAUGGAGAGUUCCUCUUAGACGUGCUCCGAGAAGAGGGAAUAGACAUGGUUGAGAUGAAAAAGGAAAAAAAAGUCAAGGAUCACCGUUCUAAGUACGAGACUCUUCUGUGCUGGGUUCUCGUGGAUUCUUUGCAGAGGCAUGCAUUUUGCAGUCAAGCCGAUUACUACCAGGAGCCUGCCUUCCAUUGGAUAACCGAACUAUCAGAUGAAGUAAAGACGACAAUUAGACAGUCAAAGGUUCUUUUCUGCAAUGGUUAUGACUUUGAUGAAUUCAGCCCUAGUUUUAUCACGUCAACCAUAGAUUAUGCUACAAAUGUUGGGACAUAUAUCUUCUUUGAUCCUGGACCACGGGGAAAUAGCCUUGCCAAUGGAAUUCCUGAGAAGCAAAAAGCACUUGCCCACAUGUUAAGAAUGAGUGAUGUUCUUCUUCUAACAUCUGAAGAGGCUGAGGCUUUGUCAGGUAUCAGGGACCCUGUACAGGCAGGACAACAAAUUCUCAGGAGCGGAAAGCGCACAAACUGGGUGAUAGUAAAAAUGGGUUCUAAAGGCUCUAUUCUAGUCACCUCAUCCAGUGUAUCGUUGGCUCCUGCCUUCAAGGUGGACGUAGUUGACACAGUUGGAUGUGGAGAUAGUUUUGUUGCGGCCAUUGCAUUGGGUUUCAUACACAAAAUGCCGCUGGUCAACACCCUUACGAUUGCAAAUGCUGUCGGGGCAGCCACUGCAAUGGGGUCUGGUGCAGGCAGAAAUGUGGCAAGAAGACAACAGGUCAUCGAUCUCAUGAAAGCCUCAAAACUCAACGAUGAUGAGGCUGGUGGCCAUGACUUUUGCAGAGAACUGCUAUCUGAAAUCUCUGAUUCCCCAGAUGUAACUGUUCUUUCCAAAGAUGAGAUAAACGGAAGCAGCAAUCGGAUAGAAAAGGUUUCCAUUGAAAAAGUGGUAUCCGAAUUGCUUGGAGAGCUCGAACUCGAAAGGUUUUAGCACAAAUAUAUCAUCCUGAUUCACUGAAACAAUGCUUCUGUGCCUCUGCAGUCUGGCAUGAAGGAUUUCAGUCCUGUGGAUAGAUAGGGGUCUUAGGCAAUUGUAUUAUUGCAUCGCCGAAAGGGAAGAUCAUUCAUUACUUGAAUAAAAACAACAACAUUGUGUUGUAGCAAACGUUGCCCAGUAUUUGGAUUGAAUGUGUACAAUUUUGUUUUGUUUUUUCA